AUGGUCUCUUCCUAUCUUAUUGGGUCACAAUAAACUGCAGUGUGUGUACUGUAGCAGAGCAGUUUAGUCAAAGGUCUGACUAUAUGAGACUAGGAAGAGUCUGACAUUGUACAUCUGUAAUUGGUAUCAUGAGGAACACAUGAUGUGUAUGAGCGAAUGAGGGAAGGAAGCUCUAUGAAGGAUGGUAAUACAGAGGAAACGUGGCUUUGAUAUAUUAAAAACAUUGGCUGAUAUGCAGCAUGUUCAUCCGUUACUGUUCAGGUACAGUUACAGGAGGAGAAACCCUGGACACAUCACAUCGGAUUCACUCAUGGAUCUCACCCUAGACUUACCCUGCAGAUGUCCUCGCUGUGGUGAGGGCAUCUUCAAGAUGAAAAGUAACUGGAAGACCACCAAGAUACUGGGAUUAAUGAUGUUAGCAAACUUCCUGAUCUACAUUGCGGUGGAAGUGUCCAGAAGCUAUGGGCAGGGGCAACACAUCAACAAACGACGGAGACUGACGACCAAAAAGUUCUGGAAGAAGCCGGAGUUCAGUCCAGCAUUCUGGAAUCGGGAGCAGAAGCGUCUCGAUGAUAUCUACUACCUGCCACUUGCUAAUGGCAGUGAGGCCCCGCGUGACUUCAGAGGAAUCCCACGCUGGCUGAAUCACAUGAGUUCUUGCAAGCCGGACAGCAGGGUGACAACAGAGAUUGAAGACUUUAAGUCCCUACCACAGCGAUUCCAGGACUUCUUGUUGUACAUGGGAUGUAGGUCAUACCCCUUGAUAAUGGAUGCACCCAAAGUGUGUUCUGAACCACCAUACCUCUUGCUAGCAGUAAAAUCCAUUGCGCCACAUUUUGACCGACGGCAGGCCAUCCGGGAAUCAUGGGGCCGUGCUGGGAUCUUCGACGGCGAGCGAAUUGCGACAGUAUUCCUACUUGGCAACACGGCAGCGACGGACCACUUCCCUGACUUUUCAGACAUGGUCAAGCACGAAGCGGCGUUGUACGGCGAUGUCCUGCAGUGGGAUUAUCGAGACACGUUCUUCAAUCUCACCUUAAAGGAAGUCCUCUUCCUGGAGUGGUUUGGGAGCCAUUGCGCUUCUGCCAAGUAUGUGUUUAAAUGCGACGACGACGUUUUCGUCAAUACGCAGCAUAUGCUGGCUUACUUAGGCAACUUUUCAGUGUCCAAGACAAAAGACAUUUUCAUUGGCGAUGUGAUCACUAAUGCUGGACCACACCGGACCAGACACCUCAAGUAUUACAUCCCUGAGAGCCUGUUUCGUGGGAUUUACCCUCCAUACGCAGGUGGCGGAGGCUACCUGUAUUCAGGUAGUCUGGGGCAGCGGUUAAGAAUGAUCUCUCGUCUGGUCACGUUGUACCCGAUUGACGAUGUGUUUACAGGGAUGUGUCUGAAGAGACUGGGACUAGUACCAGAGAAACACAUGGGCUUUAAGACUUUUGAUAUUGAGGAGAAGCACAGAGAGAAUCCUUGUGCUUACAAAAGUCUGAUUCUGGUCCAUCCCAGGAGCCCACAGGACAUGAUAAAGAUCUGGUCUUGGAUUAAUGACCCUAAAGUAAAAUGUUGCAUCAAAACUACACUGGACACAAAGGGCGCGAAUGCGAAGCAGCAAAUGCAAAUAAAACGUAAUGACUGUAAACCGAUGCCCUCUUAACAAAAAUAUAGCUAACAAAAAAGUGUUCCAAGCUAUAUUUUAAUGUUCUCUGAAUAUCCUGCAUUUGAAUAUAUAUAUUUAUUUUAUUUUUUUAUAAAUGUUUUUUUCUUGGUUCUGUGAACACUUAGGAACAUUCAAUUAUAUCAUUUUGCAAACAUCAUGGUAAUGUUACAUUUGAAUGUUCUCUGAAAAUUCUAAAACAAUUUUUUAAAAACGGAUAGUUCUGGUGCUUGAUUCUGAUUGGUUGAGUCGCGUUCAAAGCUGUU